UCCCAAACAAAAAAGCAGUGGGAAUACAAAAAUACAAUAAAAAUACAAAAAAAAAAAAAAGGCCGCCAAUGGAUCUACCAUUGACAAUGGCGACAGGCCCGCCACCUGGCGCUGCUGCGGCAGGCUCGCCAGCCAGCUUCCUCGCAUCUCGAGGGGCAAUUCCAAUUCCACUGGCUCCGAUGCCCCCUCCUCCGCCUGCUGCUGCUGCUGCUGCUGCGGCCGGGCCCGCCGCCGCUACAAACGAGCGAGACUCGACGCAGCAGCAUGACGACGCGAUUCCCGCCAGCCUUCGCGCGGCCCUGCGGUUGAACCUGGUGCUGUCCAACCACGUCGCCUGGAAGCUCACGCCAGAGCACGCUGCGGUGUAUCUGCUGACCUAUGCUCGCAUGAUGCAUCAUGCCUCCGUUGGACCUUCCGGAAGCGCUGUGCUCGAGGUGCCAUUCCCCGUGCACGGAACGACCAUGAUUCUAAACCGCGGACUCGACAGCCAAUUCCGCAAGGACGAGUAUGCCUGGCAGCUGCGCAAGGGAAGCAAGCAUGUCCGAGAAAACCACAUGACUAUCAAGAUUGACGGACGUGAGUUCGUCAAGGUCUCGUACGCACGACUGGAGUCCAAUCCGUACUUUUAUCGGCGCGUCUUUUGGCUGGUUUCAAUGCCAAAGCUCGUUCUCGUCCAUUACGUUGACGAUCGGUUGGCUGCCUCCACACAGCCUCCGCUUGAACUCCAGCAGGCUCUUCAACAUGAUUCUACGAGUACUGGUCGUUCGCACCCUCCAAGACAGCAGCAGCAGCAGCAGCAGCAGCAGCAGCAUGGACCACAUCAGCACACGAGCAGCGCCACCACGACCCCUUUGAUGGGCUCGACGGUGCCAAUCGCACCAUGGCCGAGCACGCUUCCGUUUGGCUCGCCGUCUGGCGUCUCGACGGCAGCUGCAUCGCCGGCUGCACUGGCCUUCUCUGCGUCGACCUUGCGGAUAGCGGAUUUCAGUCCGGAAUGGGCGGUUUGUGGCGAGUCCACAAAGUUUCUCAUUGUUGCGCCGUGGAUUGUAGCAUCCAUACGUCGGUGGUCGUGUCGGCUGGGAAGUGCCGAGUACCCUGCCGAGAUGCUCUACCCUGGCAUCUUGCGAGUGUACAUUCCAGCCAUCACCAAUCCCGGCAUUUUGCCAUUGAGUGUUGUUCUGGAGGGCGGCUUGGCCAGCCCGCCUGUCUUUGUCCCGUUCCGUCCUUCUUCCGGCUCGGUCAAUGGCGUUGGCGCCAUUGCCACCUCGACCACCGCCACGUCGCCCAACACCAGCAUUCUGGAGGCAACCAUCCCUGGCGAAUCGUUUGUCGCAGGACAAACACCGCCUUUUGUUAACAAUCUGACCAAUACGCAGCCUAUCUUUGUCGACGAGCGCGCCACGCGGCUCAAAAUCAUUCGUCGAUUGGAUCUCUUGGCCAGCGAACUGUCGCAGCGUGCCAAUCAGGCGCACGCCGAAACUGCCAACCGAUCGCUUGGCGGAACUCUGCCUCUUGCUCCAAUCGUGAGCACAGACCUCGAGACCAUGCUAGAAUGCCCAUUACCACGAUUUGAAGAGCGUCUGCUGGCCACCAUGGCGCGCCUCUUUGCAAUCGACCAGGUGUAUCAAGCGGCGUCGCUGGCAGAACGCGAGUCCAACUCGCUGAUGGCAGGUCUGGCCAGUGUCAGAAAUGCCGAGCUUCGCGACGAUGACGAUGCGAGUGCACAUGGCGGCGAUGACGAUAGUGACGAUGGCGAUGGCAUGGAUGACGAAGAAGAAGCGGAUGCUGCUGCCGCUGCUGCGAGUCUACAGUUGCAACAGGAUGGCUCGAGCGAGUCUGCCUCCAACUUUCUGUUUUCCUCCUUUGGUGUUCUCGAGGAAGGCCUGCAACCCUUGCUCGACACACACGGUCCAGGCCCAGCAUUCGAGGGCAGCGCCCUCGCGACCGCCACGACGGCGCAUAGCCAUGCAAGCGACGCGCGCGCAGCGUCCGACACGCUCUUGGAAACGCCGCGCUCGCUCUCACACGCCACUUCCAACACGUCGAUUUCCGAGUCGAGCGUGCCACGAACCCGCCACGACAGCUUUGUCGAAGGGUCCAGUGUGAACAACACCAGUCUGACGUACGAUGACGCAGGCAUGACCCUGCUGCACUAUCUUGCGGCGCUCGGAACGAGCGAGAUUGUCAACGUCGUCUUGUACUGGAAGUCGGCCAUCCGCGACCGGGCCACAAUCGAGUCGCUGCUCUGGCGCUCGCUGGACGUCAUGAGCACGGACGCACGGAUGCGGACACCCUUGUUCUGGGCGUGCGCACUCGGACACACGACGACCGUUCGUGCCCUCCUCGAGUACGACUCUCGCCAGCUACGCGUCUCAGACGCCUGGGGAAAGCUGCCCAUCGACGUGGCCUUUGAGCACGGGCGCCAGGAUGUGGUUGACGUGCUGAACGAGUACACGCGUCGCGUCGAUAACGGGCAGUCACAGUUUCCGGCCGAAGUGUUCCGCGAUCGGCCGGAAAACCUCCUGGCCGACCGGGUAUGGGCUGACUUGCAAGCGAGUCAGUCCGAGCAGAUUCUUGAGCGCGAUUUUCGUGACAUGACGCUGAAAGAUCGCGAUUGCCUGGACUUGUUUCGCGCAGCCACCAUCAUCCAAACAGCCUUCCGCGAUUACCAGAACCAUCAACGGGAGCAACGUAUGGCUCAGGCAGCAAUGCUCAUUCAGAACGCCUUCCGCCGUCACAAGCACCACUCGCAGUUCCGGAACACUGUGAACGCUGCCGUUCGUAUUCAAAAUGUGUAUCGAGCGUAUCGCCAACACUCGCAGUUUAAGCAAACACGGUCGGCGGCGCUCACGAUUCAGCGUCAGUUCCGCGAGCGCACCGAGCGCCGGCGCAUGCGAGCCGCUGCCUCUCAAGACGUAGCGCGGCAGAUGGUUCACGCGGCGCACCGCAGCGCAGCGUUGGACGGAGUCAUGGCGAUCAGCAAUGAUCCCUUCCACACGUUCGGAUAUGAUCUGGGGAACUCUGUCACCACCCUGCCCCAAGCUGCCCUCUCCGACGAGAAUAUGAGCAAUCCAUUCGGCUUGAUGCUUGGGUCACCUGCGUCAUUUUCGACGCAUGCUCAGCAACCGCUGACUCGCCGCCGCUCUUCGCUCCGUGGUGCAGACUUUGGCAUUCCGGAUUUUGCGUCUCCUGGAGUCUUGGCGUCUGCGCAGCACUCUAUUUCCAAUGGUUCGCAUCUGAGCACGCCUGCGUUUCAUGCAACACCCUCCGCCGCACCGGCAGGCUUUCCAUUUUCCCUGUCCCCACCUCAAGCCAAAAGUCAACAGGCCUCGGGCGCAUCACCCUCGUUUCUGCAGUCGACGACAUCCCCUGCAUUACAGCAACAGCAUUAUGCCGACGGAGCUCAUGGUCUGUAUUCGUCGUCUCAACCAGAGCCUGGCGCUACUGCGGCUGGAGCAGAUUUUCUCGUCGCUUCUCCUGCUGCACCUCUGGCCAAUACCGCGAAUGCCAACGACAGCAACGCGUCCAGCAGUCUGAUGGGGCUCUUGUAUGAUCUCGACUCGAUUGUCGAUGAGCAGCAUCCAUUCCAUGGGUUGUGAAAGCGGUCAGUGCACCAGUAAUACCGUGUUGCUUCGUUUUUGUUUUUGUUUUAUUUUGUUUUUCCCUUUUCUUCCCAUUGCGCUCUCUGUUUUUGAAUUCCAUUAUAUUAUUCGAUAAAUACACUA